AUGACUAUCGGAAAGAAUAAUAAGAUGCAACAGCAUAUUAAUUACAGAGUACGAGUAAUAUUACAAGAUUCUCGUACAUUUAUUGGAACCUUCAAAGCUUUUGAUAAACAUAUGAAUUUAAUAUUAGGAGAUUGCGAAGAAUUCAGAAAAAUUAAAUCAAAAAGUGCCAAAACCGCCGACCGAGAAGAGAAAAGAACGCUUGGUUUCGUAUUAUUGAGAGGCGAAAAUAUAGUAUCAUUAACAAUUGAAGGACCUCCGCCCCCUGAGGAAGGUCUACCCCGAGUACCAUUGCCUGGUGCAAUUGGGGGUCCAGGCGCAGGCCGUGCUGCUGGUCGAGGUGCUGGCUUUGGAGGUCCACCACCAGGUCUUCAAGGCCCUGCAAGAGGUGUUGGAGGACCUUCACAACAGCAUAUGGCCCCUGGUGGUAGAGGACAAAUGUCAGCUCCUCCUCAAAUGAGAGGGGGUCCUAUGAUGGGUGGACCUCCCCCUGGUAUGAUGGGUGCUCCGCCGGGAAUGGGUCGAGGUGGACCAGGCCGUGGACCCCCUGGAAUGCGACGGUACUAA